UUUGACGGCCCUAGUGCUACAUUGUUGACGUUUUAGUUUUGAUAUUUUGUUGUUUGUAAACGAAGUCGCAAGAAUUGGAGAUACGUAGUUUUAAUAAUCUUUUAUAGAAGCUUCACACCAGUAGCCCGAGGAAUCUGCAAAAAUGAAAUGGAUGUUUAAAGAGGACCAUUCCCUGGAACACAGGUGUGUGGAGUCUGCCAAAAUCCGCAACAAAUACCCAGACAGGGUUCCGGUCAUCGUGGAAAAAGUGUCUGGCUCACAAAUAGUGGACAUCGACAAGAGGAAGUACCUCGUCCCGUCCGACAUCACGGUGGCCCAGUUCAUGUGGAUAAUCAGGAAGCGCAUCCAACUGCCAUCUGAGAAAGCCAUCUUUCUUUUUGUCGACAAAACUGUCCCGCAGUCCAGUCUGACAAUGGGCCAGCUCUAUGAGAAGGAGAAAGACGAGGACGGCUUUUUAUACGUGGCCUAUAGCGGAGAGAACACGUUUGGAUUUUAAGACCUCGGCAUGGAUUUGCAGCUGACACCCCCUCCCAUUGCAUCCCAUGUCAUAUCACCAAAUCAGCCCUGCGUACCAUCAUCCCGCUCACCCCUGCAGCCCCGUUUUCUGUUGGACAGGUUUGAUUGUAUAGCUUGAAAAACUGGUGUUUUGAAGUAGUCUGGAUGCAUACUCUUCUGAUUAAUCAUAGAUAAAAACAAAUACAUUUGUACCUCUAGUGUCACCCAUAUCAUGUCGUAUUUAAAAAAAAAAAAACAACCAAAAAAAUACAUUAAUUGUUAGAAUGACCCAUUGAAUAUUGUUGAAAGACAGCAACAUUUUUUGUGAAUGGUAUUGCAGUAUUAUUAGAGGUGCUUCAUAUUGUUGUUUUGGGCGAUAAUAUACAGUAAUAACUUUUAAUGUUUUAAUUUAUCUUUUUUUUUUUUUUCAGUUUAAAAAAAAAAAAUAUAUAUAUAUAUAUAUAUAUUUGAAGGGUAAGGUAGCUGGAUGACCUAACCAAUAAAAGGAAAAAAAUAAAUAAAGGAGUUUUGUUAAGUUUGCUUUUUGUUUUAUUACAGUUUAUUUCAUCAUUCAGAAUAAUGAUCAGUGAUACAAAAAAGCAUAGUGAAUGAUUUAUUCAGUCCUGAAGAACAAUAGUUUCUUGAUUGUUUAUAAGGUAUGUGCUUGUGAAACUGCACUGUCCCAGCAUUCCUCCUUUAACUGAUAAAUCUCAGAACUGGUA